AUGUAUCAUUAUUUCAGCCUGCUUUACUUGACCAGAUUUAAAUAAAAUGCCGAGAUAAAGUCCGGUCCCGAUCGAGAAAAAGCGGCUGUGUUGUGUCAGGCAUAAAUGCAUUGUUACAAUCUGAGAAUUGUAUUCUAAAAGCUUCUAUUCGCGUUUUUUUCGAGAAAAAAAUUUUUUUUUGGAAAAAAAAUUUAUAUAUUUUUGGUCUCGUCUAUUUCAAUAUUUUCUAACAAUUUGGGAUAUAUUACACGCGUUAGUUAAUUUCAUUAUCAUAGAAAAAAACUUAAUAGAGUAUUUAAAUAACGCAAAUGGCAAUACAUCGAAACCUCGCGGUAAAAAAUCGAAUACAAAAACAAAAAUUAACCCCAAUCAUACAGCAGAAACUAGCAGCUUUAGCUGAAGCAAAAAUAAAAAAAAUAACGGCAACGAACACUAAUAAAAAUAAAGAUGUUAGCGAAUUUUCAAGGAAAUUGUUACAUUCCACUAUAGGAUUUAUUGUUUUGUUGAUAUACUCAAGUAAUGAUGCAAUUAUAGUUAGGGAUAAUUUACUUUAUAUGUUUUCAAUUGUAUCGUUAGCAGAAAUAUUAAGAUUUCUUAAUAAAAGAUUUAACGAAAUAUAUGUAAAAUUAUUUGGAUUUUUGAUGCGAGAAAGAGAAAAGACUGAAAAAUGUAAUGGGGUAAUAUUCUAUUUAAUGGGAUGUAUUAGUGUUCUUACACUGUUUCCCAAGGAUAUAGCAGCAAUAUCAAUAUUGAUUUUAUCGUGGUGUGAUACAGCGGCAUCAUUUGUAGGUAGAAGAUGGGGACAUUAUACGUAUAAAUUUUCAAAUGGUAAAUCAUUAGCUGGUACACUAGGCGCAAUAACGGUUGGAUUAAUUGCUGCUUAUUUAUUUUGGGGCAGUGGAUUAUUAAAACAUGAUCCUGAAAAUGCUAGUUGGAUAGAAGAAAAAAGUGUAUUAUCAUUACCUUCAUUAACUAUAUUAACAGGAAUAAUUGGUGGUGUCAGUGAAUUAAUUGAUUUAUGGGGAUUGGAUGAUAAUUUGAUUAUUCCUUUAUUAACUGGUAUUAUGUUACGGAUUUUAUUAUUAUUGAAUACAAAAUAGUAUAAGAGAAAAAAGAGUGUAACACUAAUUAAAUUUAAUAAAGAAUUCAUACCAUGUGAUAUUUUGAUAUCAUGUGAUGAUCAUAC